AUGGAUGUACUGCAGAAUAGCUGUGCCAAUUUCGCAGCUACCCCGGUUCUUCGGAUUGGGUAUCCGCGGAAACCGAGCCACAAAACCGGGCCACAAGAAACAUGUAAAAAGCCGGAAAAAAACGUCCAGAAAGUAAUAUAUUGUCAAGGUGACCACUCGUGCAAUUGUGGACCCCAAGUGUAUCCCCAAUUGCUUUCCGUGACCCCAAUGGGGUCCACAGCGUGUUGGUCGUCUGCGCACGUGACAUGUACCUCGGCCUCAAUCACAGGCCGACCCCGCAAGUCACAGUAUAUAAAGGUAGGUGAAAAUUGCACCCUUAGUGAAUUUCGGGAAUAUAGCAUGUCGGAAAUAUCAUUUAAAGAUAAGGUGGUCAUUGUCACCGGUGCUGGUGGUGGACUCGGUAAAUACUACUGUCUUGAGUAUGCCAAACGUGGUGCCAAAGUGGUUGUAAAUGACCUCGGUGGAUCGCUUUCCGGUCAAGGAGGUGACUCCAAAGCUGCCGAUGUUGUGGUAGACGAGAUCAAGAAGGCUGGAGGAAUUGCCGUGGCCGACUACAACAACGUUUUGGAUGGAGACAAGAUUGUUGAGACUGCCGUCAAGAACUUUGGUACUGUCCAUGUGAUCAUCAAUAACGCUGGUAUUUUGCGUGAUGCUUCGUUCAAGAAGAUGCAAGAAAAGGAUUUCAAGUUGGUUUUGGACGUUCACUUGAACGGUGCCUUCAAGGUGACCCAGGCCGCUUGGCCUCACUUCCGUAAGCAGAAGUAUGGUCGUAUUAUCAAUACUGCUUCUCCUGCUGGUUUGUACGGAAACUUUGGUCAAACCAACUACUCUGCCGCCAAGAUGGGUCUUGUUGGUUUUGCUGAGACCUUGGCCAAGGAGGGUGACAAGUACAACAUUAAGGCUAAUGUAAUUGCUCCAUUGGCAAGAUCCAGAAUGACCGAGAGUGUGUUGCCUCCUCAAAUCUUGGAGCAAUUGUCUCCAGAAAAAAUUGCCCCAUUGGUCUUGUACUUGACCAGUGACAGCGCUGAGAUCUCUGGACAGAUAUUUGAGGUUGCUGCUGGUUUCUUUGCUCAGAUCCGUUGGGAACGUUCUGGUGGUGUUCUCUUUAAGCCAGAUGAGUCCUUCACUGCUGAAUCUGUGGCCAAGAAGUUUGACGAAAUUCUCGACUUUGAGAAUGGAAGCAGACCUGAAUACUUGCAAACUCAACACCCAUUCAUGCCCAAUGAUUUCAGAACCUUGACCCAGGAGGCCAACAAGUUGCCAGCUAAUGACAACUCUGGUGCUUCUGUGACCUUGAAGGACAAGGUUGUGUUGAUCACUGGUGCUGGUGCCGGUUUGGGCCGUGACUACGCCAAGUUCUUUGCCAAGUAUGGUGCUAAGGUGGUUGUCAAUGAUUUCAAGGAUGCCUCUGCUGUGGUUGACGAAAUCAAGAAGGCUGGUGGUGAGGCUCAUGCCGAUGUCCACGAUGUCGCCAAGGACGCCCAAGCCAUCAUUGACAACGUCAUUGGCAAAUACGGCACCAUUGACAUCUUGGUUAACAAUGCCGGUAUUUUGCGUGACAAAUCCUUCCUCAAAAUGUCUCAACAGGAAUGGGAUCAAGUUCAACAAGUCCAUCUUUUAGGUACUUACAACUUGACCCGUUUGGCAUGGCCACAUUUCCUGGAAAAGAAGUUUGGUAGAGUCAUCAAUGUUACCUCCACUUCUGGUAUCUACGGUAACUUUGGUCAAGCCAACUACGCUUCCGCCAAGGCUGCUAUUAUUGGGUUGUCAAGAACUAUUGCCAUUGAGGGGGCUCGUAGUAACAUCAAGGUUAACGUUAUUGCCCCACAUGCUGCAACUGCCAUGACCGCAGACAUCUUCCCUGAAGAUGACCUUAAACUUUGGAGUCCGGACCAAGUUGCUCCAUUGAUGGUUUUCCUUGCUUCUGAGGAUGUUCCAGUAACUGGAGAGUUGUUUGAAGUCGGUGGUGGCUGGAUUGGUAACACCAGAUGGCAAAGAGCCAAGGGUGCUGUCUGUAAAGACGCUAAGGUUACCCCAGAGUUCGUUAGAGACCACUUUGAGGAAGUUACAGACUUCUCCAAGGGUACCGCUAACCCCAAAUCCACUACUGAAUCUUCUAUGGCUAUUUUGAGCGCUGUCGAAGGAGACGAGGAUGAAGAAGAAGAAGAGGAAGAAGACGAUGACAGUGACGAUGAUGAAGAAGACCCUGUUUACACUUACGGUGACAAGGAGGUUAUUCUUUACAACAUUGCUCUCGGUGCUACCACCAAGGAACUUCAUUACGUUUACGAGAACAAUAGUGAUUUCCAAGUUAUCCCAACCUUCGGACACAUUCCAACGUUCAACUCUACGAAGUCUCAGCUUUCUUUCGCCAAGUUGUUGAAGAACUUCAACCCCAUGUUGUUGUUGCACGGUGAGCACUACAUCAAGAUUGAACAAUGGCCCGUUCCAACCGAAGCUUCCAUUAAGACUUCUUUCAACCCAUUGGCUGUGACUCAAAAGGGAACCAACACCAUCGUUGUUCAUGGUUCUCAAUCCAUCGAUGUCGACACUGGCGCUCCAGUUUUCAGUAAUGAAGCUACUUACUUCAUCAGAAACUGUAAGGGUGAAACCAAGACAUACGGUGAGAGAAAGAGUUUUGCUACCGCUCAAUUCACUGCACCAAAGUCUGAGCCUGACUUUACCCAAGAUAUCAAAAUCUCGGAAGACCAAGCCGCUUUGUACAGAUUGACCGGUGACAGAAACCCAUUGCACAUUGACCCAGAAUUUGCAAAGGGUGCCAAGUUUGACAAGCCAAUCUUGCACGGAAUGUGCAGUUACGGUUUGUCCGCGAAGGUCUUGUUGGACAAGUUUGGUCCAUUCGGCGAGAUUAAGGCUAGAUUUACUGGCAUUGUCUUCCCUGGUGAAACUUUGAGAGUUUUUGCAUGGAAGCAAGGUGAUACAGUUAUCUUCCAAUCUCACGUUGUUGAAAGAGGUACUAUUGCAAUCAACAACGCUGCUAUCAAGUUGCUCGGCGACAAGGCAAAGAUCUAG